AUGAAGGGCCCGUCCAAAGGGCCUGGUGGCAAAGGACGAGGCUACACGAAACCAGAGGAGACUCUGGAGAUCCUAGAUGCGUUUGGGAUCGCGAGGCAGUGUCUUUGCAAAAGCGGUGUGUACCGCUUGCUGGCUCAUGGAGGAGCGGGUGAAUCAGUAGCGCGUGAAGAACGUCGUGGCACCUACCACUUUGACGUGUCCACUGGGAAGCUGACCGAAGCAGACGAGACGAUGGGUUAUUUCUCGGCCGAGCACUUGGAGAUUGAGACGCCCCUCAUGUUGGAGAGGGCUGCGGAUGCGCACUUGCCGGUGGUUUCUAUCAUGAGCAGUGAGGUCAUGGUGGAGAUCCAAAAGCCUGAACACGCCGGAGCCUUUAUUGUGAUCCCCUCGCAGUUCAAUGGAGUGGAGUUCCCUUCUCAUUGCUCGGUGGUGGAGAGUGUGGAGGAGUAUAAGUACGACCACACAGGCGGACCCUGCGCACAGCUAGCGGUGCAUCCGGGCAUUGCGCAGUUCUUGUUGGACAAUGCCGCAACAGAUAGGCGUUUCGGCGGCCUUGAUGCUACUCGGGAGCUGGUAAGAAUGGUCAACUCAUCGCUUGAGGAGCAUGGACUUCGAAGCAAGAAGCAGAUGUUUCAAGUCUUGAAUGGCUAUUUAAAGAUGCCAGUUCCUGACAGCGAUGCAGUGGCCUCCUUGGUGCUGUCAGCGUUGCAGCAGCACCUCUCUGAGCUGCGACUCCCUUGCACCCGCUCGGCGGUCGCUUGCGGCCUGCAGCCCUGCAAGACCAAGUUCUCGGGUGAAACUCAUCGGGUGAAUUUGGUCUAUGCCUCGGCGGUUCCGGUGAAUGCCUACGUGAACGGCAUCGGAGCAGUGCAGAAAGGCUUCGGGGAUGAACAGCUCCACUCCUUCCAACGCUCUCUGGCCGAGCUCUUUCUGGUCGCGCAGUACUUGGGGGCUUUGCAGCUUGCGGCGAAGGAUGCGGUGGCAAAGGAGCAGCAAUCGAAAGGCUCCAAGAGCAAAGUCCUCUUGAUGCCUUUAGGCGGCGGGGUCUUCAAGAACUCCUGGGAGUCCAUUGUGAAAAGCAUCGCACUGGCAGUGGAGCUUUGCAAGGACUUGGAACUCCUGGACAUCCAUGUCUUGGUCUUGGCGGGUGGCCGUGCUGGCAAGGGCAACGACACGCCGGCAGACGAACGAGUCAAGGAGCUCUUGCAGAAGCACCGAAAGCUGAGGGUCAACUGCGAUGGGCCAGAUGAAAAACAGCUUUUGGUGCUGCUUUCGGGAUGA